AUGGGGACUUUGAUCGACACCCCCGAACAUGACGCGAUCAAGUCCAAGACUGCCGGGCCCUAUGCCGGGAGGGAGGCAGAGGGUGGGUUGGAGAGUGUUGUUGAUGCCCAACUGGUGAGACUUGUGGAUUUGAUCAAGCGAAAGUAUGUCUCUAGGAACGGGGAGUUGGUGCAGACGGACUUUUCCAAGAUCUCGCGGUUCUUUACACUGGAUGUGAUCUCCAAGCUGCUCUUUGGGACCCCGUGGGGCCAUCUGGAUGAGGGGAUCGAUGUACUUGGUUGGUGUGUGGCGAUGGACGACAGGUUGGUGUUGAUGUUCUUGAUGAUGGAGCUUCCUGCGUUGAGGUACCUCUUUGGCGGAAGCUAUGGGCUUUUGAGAUGGUUUGGACCGCAGCCAGGCGAUAAGUCUGGGUUGGGAGUGGUCAUGGGCUACGUUAACAAGCUCAUUGGAGAGCAUUUUACCGACAAGGAUUUGAAGCAAAAGGACAUGAUGAGCGGCUUCAUUCGCAACGGACUGUCAGAGAUGGAAUGCCAGGGUGAGGCACUCCUUGUAAUUUUGGCGGGCUCCGAUACUUCUGCGGGAACCAUCCGCUCCACCAUCCUCUACCUCAUGUCCAACCCCCAAGCCUACGGCCGCUUCAAGAGGGAGAUCAAAGAAGCCCUGCAGCAAGGCAAAGUCUCCUCCCCCAUCACCAACGAAGAAGCCCUCAAGCUCCCCUACCUCCAAGCCAUCAUCACCGAAGCUUCCCGGAUCGGCACCCCCUUGACCUUUGGUCACUACAAGGUCGUCCCCAAGGGCGGCGAUACUGUGAACGGGAUGUACCUUCCGGCAGGAACGGAAAUCGGACAUAACGCCCUCUCGUUGACGCACAAUAAGGAGAUCUUUGGUGAGGACGCGGAUAUCUUCAGACCGGAGAGGUUUCUGGAGGCGGACCCGGAGAGGAAGGCACACAUGUUGAAGGCGUUGGAUAUGCUGUUUGGGUCGGGGAGGUGGACUUGCGCAGGCAAGAACUUGGCGCUGAUGGAGUUGAAUAAGAUUUUCUUUGAGUUGCUGAGGCACUUUGACUUUCAGAUUGUCAAUGUGCAGAACCCGGUCAAGGAGAGGGCGUAUUUGACUAAGUUGCAUGAGGAUAUGUUUGUGAGGAUUACGGAGACGGAUUGGAGUACUAUUUGA